AUGCACGUCUUAUUUGAAACCUCAUCAGGAUAUUCCCUCUUUGAAACACAUAAUGUCGAGGAUAUCGGGAAAAAUCUUCCAGAAAUCCAAAAGGAGGUUUUGGAUAUCAGCAAAUUCGGUAAGCGAAUCACAUUGACAUCGUUUUUGCCCUUCAAAAGUGCCGCUCAUGCUCUGGAGAAUAUUAACAGCUUGGCGGAAGGCGAGGUUCCAGAGACUCUGGAAUCUUUCCUUGAGCUGGCUCUUCCCAAGGCGUCAAAAAAAUCCGCAUCUUCAAAAUCGGGAAUUCUUCUCGGCGUAUCGGAUAAGGCUCUUGCUGGCAGCAUUAAGCAGACUCUAGGGAUUAAUUGUGUUUCUGACGAUCUUGUCCAUGAGCUUGUCCGUGGCAUCAGGUGCCAUUUGGACAAAUUGCUGUCGCAGUAUAUUGUUUCAGAAGAUUUGAAGCGUUCCCAACUCGGUCUUGGACAUGCAUUUUCUGGCGGAAAAGUCGCCUUUAACGUGAACAGGUCGGACAACAUGAUAAUCCAAGCAAUUGCGCUGUGCGAUCAACUGGACAAAGAUAUCAACUUGUUUUCCAUGCGCAUCAAGGAGUGGUAUUCUUGGCAUUUUCCGGAGCUUUCCAAAAUCGCCCAGGACAACUUGCAGUAUGCAAAGCUUGCCCUCCUCAUUCGCCAGCGCUCGAACAUCCAAAGCGACCCUUCGAUGUUUGAAAAGCUGCUCUCCAUUGUCAAUGAUACCAAUUUAGCGAACAUGAUUGUCGAUGCCUCUAAAAUAUCCAUGGGAAUGGAGAUUGCCGAGGCCGACAUGGUCAACAUCAACCACUUUGCUAACAAGCUUGUUGAUCUUGCAGAAUAUCGGGCCUCUUUGGGAAACUAUCUUCACAACAAAAUGAACGUGGUUGCGCCCAAUCUUGCUGCGUUGAUAGGAGAUUCUGUCGGCGCCAGGCUGAUUUCGCAUGCCGGAAGCCUGACAAAUUUGGCAAAGUUUCCGGCAUCUACGGUUCAGAUCCUUGGUGCUGAAAAGGCUCUUUUUAGGGCGCUAAAGACGCGCGGAAAGACACCAAAGUAUGGGCUGAUAUUCCAUUCAACGUUUAUUGGAAGAGCCGCUUCCAAAAAUAAGGGCCGGAUUUCUCGGUUUCUGGCAAACAAAUGCAGCAUUGCAUCUCGUUUGGACUCUUUUUCAGAUACUCCUGACGCUGCCUUUGGAGAUGCUCUGCGCCAACAGGUUGAGCAAAGGUUGGAGUUUUUUGAUGGUGGACCAACUCCCCUCUCAAACCAAGAGGUCAUGCACAAGGUUAUGGAAAAGUUGAACCCCAUUAUUGCAACAACAAUGGACAUGGACAUCGAAACAGAGCCUUCCUCAAAGAAGCGAAAACAAGGCUCCACUGAUAAGUCCAAGAAGGAUUCCACCAAGACCAAGAAGGAACCCAAGGCCGAGCCCAUAAAGGAACCCAAGGCCGAGCCCAUAAAGGAACCCAAGGCCGAGCCCAAGAAGGAACCCAAAGUCGACGCCAAAUCAUCGGCCAAGGAAAAGAAAGCUUUAAAAGUAGCCGAAAAGCCUUCUGUGCAAAAUAAGGAGCCUGCAUCUAAAAAGCGAGAUGCUAAAGACAAAAAAGAGGUUGUAAAGGAGGAAAAAAAGCCUGAAUUAAAAGAAGAUUCCUCCGAAAAGACAAAGAAAGUUGAGGCCAAGCUAGAAUCUAAGAAAAAAGGGCGAGCCGAUGAGGUGAAUCCAGCUUCCAAAAGCGAAAAAAAAGAUUCCCAAAGUUCCAAAAAGAAGAAUAUGGAAUUAGAACCAGUUAGUGCACCCAAAUCAAAAAAAGAGCAAAAGGAUGAUGGACCCCCGGCGCCAAAGAAAGGCAAAAUCGAGGACUCCAAGCCCAAAAAAAGCAAGACUGACGAGGAUUCCAAGCCCAAAAAAAGCAAAACUGACGAGGACUCCAAGCCCAAAAAAAGCAAAACUGACGAGGACUCCAAGUCUAAAAAGGACACGGUUGAAGACUCCAAAUCCAGGACAAGAAGAGGGAAAAAGGCCCAAUAA